AUGACCCUGUCCCAAAGCGACAUCCAAGAUCGAGCAAGGGAGCUUGUUCGUUUAUGCAAGCAACCUGAGCGCUAUGUUGAGCUUAGCUGUGCAGGCCUGCUCGAGCUAAGGCUUCAAUCUGGAUUUCAGGGACCAAGUCAUCUUUUUAACUCGGUAGACGUCUCGGCUGGGAGUCCACUUAUCUGGGACCCCUGGGACGAAGGCUGCAACCCAGACAGCGCAGAUCACCAGCGAAGAAGACGAGGUUGCGAGGAACGAGCGGAUUUGAUCCUCCUCGGCCCGCCCCAUACAGAAAGCCUGGGACUUGACAGCUUCUGGAACUGGGACGAAGAAUACCGACUGAGAGCAGCAGCAGCGGGAUUCGACCACAGACUACUCGAUCCAGGAUUGCAUCGCCCGAGCCAGUUGUCGCGUUUGAUGCUUGCGGCAAUUCGGUCCAAGCAGCCUGGCUCGCUCUCGUACAGCAUUGGGUUAUUGAUCAGGGAGCUGGCCUUUACAGACCAUUACAAGAGCCCCUUUGGUAAGGAAUGGUUUUACCUCGAGACGCCUUUGACGUUGACCUUGGGCAAGCUGGGACCUGGAGUUCUCGAGGAGAUCCUUGACCUCAGUAUCACUUUACUGGAGCUCGGGGCACCGCUCAACUCCCAUGUGUUUGUAACCUUGACCCAGAACCCCAACGUUCAACUCAUCAAGGGCACAUUGUUUCAUGGCUGUCAUGGUGAUUUUGAUCGUCUUCCGUCCGACGCACUUAAAAUACAUAUAUCGCCGUCUCCUCUGGAACUGUCGACUGGGUUGAUGGCAGCUUUCUCUGUCGCCGCAAAGACCCUUGUUCGAUACAUUUUACAGCGUCUCAGAGCAUCGAAGCUGCCUCCGGAGUCUCUCGCGCGAGUAGAAAACCUGAAAGCCUUGAUCGAUAAAGAUGUUUGCAAAUAUAACACUCUCGACAUGGAUAUGGGUACUGAGCCUUUGAUUAUGCGGAUGUGGACGGUUGGGCCUCGACACUAUAUAACGAGGAAAAAGCUCAAAGAGGUUGCGGGGGCAAGACGACGGGAAGAGUUGCAGAAGCACUUGCUUGAAUCCAUGCUUGGUACAAAAGUGGAAGACCGUGAUGAAGCUAUGGAGAAGGUCCAUCAACUACUGGAAAGCAUAUUCUCAGAAUCAAAACCUUCAAGCCUGAUAACGGCGGCCGGGGUACAUAGUAGAGUGGAAAUGGCCGGUUAUAUUUGCCAGGGAUUCAAGAAAGUCUUCGACGAGGACCCAAGUCUCUGGGUAGGAGAUCGAAAUGUUCAUGCGUAG